AUGGAGGACAGUGCAGCUUUGGAGAGUCAAUCGCCGGUUCCACAGCUGCUCGACUCAACCCAUGACCGAAGUCAAAGCUCUCAGCCACCAAAGGCCGGAGUCCAAUCCACCUCCAAAGAUCCUACCUCACCAUUACAAUCAAAUCAAAGUCCAAACCAUGCUCUUGGUGCAAGACAACCCAAGCUCCUCGCCUCCAUUGAGACUUUGAAAUCCAACAUCUCAACUACAGAAGCCCAACUAUCAACGAAGCUCCGCGAAAUCACGCAGCUGAACUCUUUCCCCGGAUCAAACUCCAACAAUAGCACCGAACCAGCGGUGUGCUCUUCACAACAAGGCUCGGCGCAAGUAACUGCCCCCGGUCAACAAGGAUCCUCUCUCACCGGAUCAAUCUCUGGAGACACUGAGAAAGAGGCCCUCUCCCACGCUCAAUCCAUUAUCAAUAGGCACAUAUCACUUCUGAAGUCAUAUAACGAAAUCAAGGACAUCGCCAUGGGAAUGUUAGGCCUCAUCGCGGAAAAGGAAGGUCGGAGAUUAAAGGACGUGAUGGACGAGCGGGGGGUCGACGAGCGCGAUUAA